UGAAGGAGCACAGACUUGACUGUGGUCUUUGCGAAAGGGAGUUCACACAAACGGAGAAGCGCCCAUAUACACACGCUCAGAACGCAUCUGCGCUGAGUUCAGGAUUUUAUAGGAUUCUUUUGACAAGGGAUACCUUUUCAUUCACUCAGAAAGUACUUUAACCAGAUUCGCAACAUGUUGGAUUGUUGUCAUUGAUGCGCUAACUAAUGAACAUUACAAGUGUGACAAGAAAGAGCCAAGUGAAUCUCGAGGAAGGGGAUCAGUCUGUGUGAAUCUACGCGCGGACCCGACGUUAUACCGGAGAAGAUAACGAUGUCUGGAUCUUACUGCAAAAGUUUAUACUCCUUCAGCGGGGAUCAACAUCAGCAGGGUUUGACUUUUGAAGUUGGAGAAAUCAUAAAGAUAGUUCAGCCGUUGCCUGGCGGCUGGUGGGAAGGAGAGCUGGAUGGAGUCAGGGGAUGGUUCCCAGCAAGUUAUGUUCAGGUCUUAGAGAAAACGGCGUCUAUGACCUCACUGCCUGUUGAGGACCUCGGAGAGCCUCUCCCUCAACACUGGAAGUGCUACAUGUCACCACAAGGGCGGCACUACUAUGUCAACACAGCCAGCAACGAGACGACGUGGGAGAGACCUUCCAGUGUACCUGGGACCCCCAAAACCCCUCUGAAACACAAGAACUCACUACCUACAGUGAACGGGUUUCACUCCAGUGGUGGUACGUUGCAUCAGAAUGAACACUCCCACAUCAGUCUGGUCAAAAAGCCCAGUUCCGAGCCACAGAAUCCAGGUCCUACAUCACCCACCAGGAGACAGAGCAAAGAGACUACCAUCACAAUUAACUGUGUAACGUUCCCCCUCCCCAUGAGUAUGCCUGAACAGCAGCUGCUAAAGCCAGAUGAGUGGAGCUACUGUGACUACUUCUGGGAGGAUAAGAAGGACCCUCAGGGGACAAGCUCUAUCUCAGGGUUUGAGGUCUUGCUGCAGAAACAGCUGAAGGGGAAACAGAUGCAGAAAGAGAUGGCCGAGUUUAUACGAGAAAGAAUAAAGAUAGAAGAAGAGUAUGCCAAGAACCUCUCCAAGCUGUCACAGAUUCCCCUUGCAGGACAGGAGGAAGGUACUCUAGGGGAAGCCUGGGCGCAGCUGAAGAAUAGUUUGGCUGAAGAGGCUGAGGUUCACCUCAAGUUCUCCUCUAAGCUCCAGAGCGAGGUGGAGAAGCCUCUGUUGACUUUCAGAGAUAACUUUAAGAAGGACAUGAAGCGGUUCGACCAUCACAUCGCAGAACUACGGAAACAUCUGGUCGGACGGCACACAGCCGUGGAGAAGGCCCGUAAGGCUCUAGCGGACAGACAGAAGGACCUGGAGGUGAAAACUCAGCAGAUGGAGAUCAAACUAAGCAACAAGAUCGAGGAGGACAUUAAGAAGGCCCGGCGGAAGUCCACACAAGCAGGAGAUGACCUGAUGCGCUGUGUCGACCUUUACAACCAGUCCCAGUCCAAAUGGUUUGAGGAGAUGGUGACCACAAGCUUGGAGUUGGAGAGGCUGGAGGUAGAGAGGGUGGAGAUGAUACGACAGCAUCUGUGUCAGUACACCACCUUGCGGCAUGAGACGGACAUGUUUAACCAGAGUACGAUGGAGCCGGUGGAUCAGCUGUUACAGAGUGUGGACCCAGCUAAAGACCGAGAGCUCUGGGUCCAGGAGCACAAGACAGGAGACAUCAGGCCUGUGGACAUUGAGAUAUAACACACACGUGGAUCCACAAGCCUAAAUCUUUAAUAGGGCUUCAAGACCUUAGCCCACCUUACUAAAGUCAACUUUGUGAUAUUAUGGACAUCCUGAGAAAUGAGAAUAAGUCAUUAGAGAGAGGUUUAAUGGCAUGAUUCACACUGUCAACUCAUUCUACUAAAGAGAAGUGAUUCUGAAAGUGAAUGACAGCAGUGUACCACCAGACAGUAUUCUUGAUGCCCUUGAGUAUUCUAUAUGUAUGGUAGACAGACAGUGUUCAUUAUGCCCUAGACCUUGAGGACUACUAUAGGGAAGACAGGUGUGUGUAUAUGGGCCAAACUCAAGUGGGGGGGGAAUGUAUUACCAACAUAAACAAACGGAAUGGCUAUUUUGACCUGCACAUAAUCUCUGGUCUACAGUACAAGCCUGCGAGACUGAGGCUGUGUGAACUUUAUCCCCUUCAUUAAAAUAACCCCAAACAAAUUCUGUAAGUUGUUGGCCAACUGAAAUACUGACGCAAAGGUUUAUUAUGAAAUGUAACAGCUACUGCUGCUUUUGUGUAAUAACCGUCCAUCAAAUGCAUUCCAAUGUAUAGAUGAUAUUUUAUCUGCGCCACUACAUUUGAAACUAUAAAGUGAGGUGAACAAAAGGUUUUUAAGGUGACUAUUGAUUCUGCAAACCUAUAUCAAAUGGGUCGUUUGGAAGAGGGAUUGACACACAUGUAACAAUCUACAACGUUUUGUGAUGUUUUCCUUUACUGUUGAGUUGAUCGACAUUUUAAUUAUAGUCUAUAAGGGGGCAGUACAACUGGGAUGCUGUUACAAGGGAAUGUGCUUUAGCUUUUUGUAAAUACAAGAUGAACAUACUGGGGUGUAGAAGUAAAACAUCUAAAGAAUGAAGGAUGUAAAAUAGUGUGAAAUAGUGGAAUCGGCAGCAAAACAGAUGAGAGAUAUAUAUAUAUAUAUAUAUAUAUAU